CUUCAGAGGAAGCCAGGAACUGGCCACAGGAACAGGAUCUCAGCUGGUGGUGUGGACAACAAGAUGGAAAACAACUCCUUCAUCUCUCAGAAUGCAUCUCAUCAGGCACUCUUUGAGUCUCCUCUGCUCUUUCCUCUCCAAAUCACUUCAUUGGUGGUUCAUGGGAUCACCUUUGUCCUCGGCAUCCUGGGCAACGGGCUUGUGAUCUGGGUGGCUGGAUUUCGGAUGGCACGCACAGUCACCACCGUGUGUUACCUGAACCUGGCCUUAGCCGACUUCUCUUUCAUUGCCACUCUACCCUUCCUCAUGGUCUCAAUGGCCAUGAAAGAACAGUGGCCUUUUGGUUGGUUCCUGUGCAAGUUAGUUUACAUCAUCAUGGAUAUCAACCUGUUUGGAAGUGUCUUCCUCAUUGCCUUCAUUGCUCUGGACCGCUGUAUUUGUGUCCGGCAUCCAGUCUGGGCCCAGAACCACCGCACUGUCAGCCUGGCUACAAAAGUAAUCGUUGUGCCCUGGAUUCUUGCAGUAGCCCUUACCUCGCAAAUUAUCCUCUUCAUGACUACAGUAAGGGAUGGAAGAGGGAAUACAUACUGUACGUUCAACUUUGCACCCUGGGGUGACACCCCUGAAGAGAUUGUGAAGGUGGCUAUCACUGUGCUGACAGCCAGAGGGAUCAUCCGGUUUAUUGUUGGCUUCACCAUGCCAAUGUCCAUCAUAGCUAUCUGCUAUGCGGUCAUUGCUGCCAAAAUCCAAAAAAAAGGCAUGAUGAACUCCAGCCGUCCCUUACGGAUCCUCACUGCUGUUGUGGCGUCCUUCUUUAUUUGCUGGUUCCCUUUCCAACUGAAUGCGCUUCUGAGAACUGUUUGGCUCAGAGAGGUAAUGUUGGAGGGUAAAUACAAAAUCAUUACUCUCUUGAUAUUCCCAGUGAGGUCCUUGGCAUUCUUCAACAGCUGCCUCAACCCAAUGCUCUACGUCUUCGUGGGCCAAGACUUCCGAGAGAAGCUGAUCCAGUCCCUGCCGGCCAGUCUGGAGAGGGCCCUGACUGAAGACUCUGCUCCAACCAGUGAUGCAAACACCAGACCUGCUUCAGCCUCUAUAGAGGUCGAGGAGCAGGAGUUGUGA